AUGUCUUCCGCCAGAUCCUCCGCCCGUGAACUCAGACGGCCUGUUCACAAAAUUUUUCUGCGUCAGGAGGGGACGUUUAACCCUUGGGACUUUACACAUGAAAAGGGAAUGACCACUCUGGGUCUUCUUCUCAAAGAAGAAGGAAUUGUGAUUGCUGCUGAUCAUCCAUCUGACACUGAACCCAACAUUUUUCAACUGAAUCAUUCCAUGGUGGCCACCAUUUCCGGAGGAAAAGACAGAGGAAGAGACACUUCGUCGUUCACAUCUCUGAUCACAUCUCUGCAACAUCGGGCUCGACACGUACCUUUGGUUAAGGAUCUGGUGGACUGGCUGGCUAGCACUAUUUCAGCUGAGAAAGAGUAUCAUUCAUCAGUAGGAAUACUUAUUGCCGUGUGGAACGAAUCGGAGCGUGCUCUGUAUAAGGUGAAUGGUGAUGGGGUAAUUACUAAAAAUGAUGUACUUGCUACUGGAUCUGGUUCAUAUGUAACAAUCUUUGUGAAACAGAAGCACAGAUUCAUAGAGUCUGGAAUGUCUAUACCCGAUGCUGCAAACCUUGCCAAAAUGGCUAUUUGCAUUGCUGCAUAUCGGGUUCCUCAUUAUGGGGAUGUUGUUAGUGUUUGGCACCUCGGAAGUGAGGGCUUCCAAAUGCUUCAUAAGGAGGAUAUGGAAGAAUUUCAUAGCCACCUGCCUUGUACGGCCAGGACCCAGGUUAUUGGAGAAGGAUGGUGA